CUGCGAGGAGGGGCUUGUCAGAAGAAGUUCUCUGGAUAAAAAACCUUGUCUGUUUUAUUAGUUAUGCUCAGUUGGGCUUACACGACCAUCCUAUUUAGUAGGAGCAAGAGGAAACAGGGGAGUGCAGUGGUUUAUAGAGAUCAGUGAUCCCUAUGGGACACCAGGCUACAGGAACUAGGAAUGUUUUGGAAUGCAUACAGUGAUGGGGUGCAACAGUGUGGUGACAGAACGCACUGCAGAGAGGCGAAGAAAGGGAAGCCCUACCCUUCAGUGCAACCUUCAGGAUGAAAAUGAUAAAGCGUCUUUAACUUCUUUCUUGGUCUACAUAAGAGGUCUGCCACUGGCCUUAGCCUCACACAUGGCUUCCUCCGACGCGCUCUUCCAACCUAAAUGGCGGACAGUCGCAGCAGUGACCACUUUGGCUCUAGUGCUUAUGUUGUAUCUGCAUCGCACAGUUGAAGACACAGCACAUAGUCACAAUGGCAUUCACAAAUUGCCAUUACAUAAUAAUGAAGGUGCAAUGGUUGAAUCAUAUGCACAAGAUCCAUAUAAACUCUUUCAGCGCCAGAGAAGGCAAACUGCAUAUAACAAUACCUAUCCACUGAGUCCACCACAGAGGACAAAAGAUGGUGUUCGUUAUCGGAUCGGUUUAAUCGCAGAUCUGGACACAGCCUCCAGAAGCUCCAAGGCGCAAACCUGGUUCAGCUACAUGAAAAGAGGACACCUCACUUUCUCAGCCAAUGGGGACAGGCUGCAGGUGGAGUGGGACACUGACAUAGUGACACUUGAGAGUCAUCUGUCCGAGAAAGGAAGAGGCAUGGAGCUGUCAGAGCUGGUCGUUUUCAAUGGACACUUGUACAGUGUGGAUGAUCGCACUGGGGUGGUGUUCAGGAUUGAGGGGAGCCACGCUGUGCCCUGGGUCAUACUGCCUGAUGGAGAUGGCUCAGUCUCAAAAGGGUUCAAGGCUGAAUGGCUGGCAGUAAAAGAUGAACACCUUUAUGUGGGUGGCCUGGGAAAGGAGUGGACCACGACUUCGGGAGAGGUGGUCAACAACAACCCUGAGUGGGUGAAGGUUGUUGGUUGUCAUGGAGAUGUCCACCAUGAAAACUGGGUGCUUAAUUACAACAGCCUACGAAAUGCUGCUGGGAUCCAUCCACCAGGCUAUCUCAUCCAUGAAUCUGCUGUGUGGAGCGAAAGCCUUCAGCGGUGGUUUUUCCUCCCUCGUCGGGCCAGUCAUGAGCGCUAUGAAGAAACUGCAGAUGAGCACAGAGCCACAAACAUGCUCCUGUCAUGCCCUGCAGACUUUAGCUACAUAAAACUAAGUCAAGUCGGCCCACUCAACCCAACACAUGGCUUCUCUUCCUUUAAAUUUGUUCCAGGAACAGAGGAUAAGAUUAUUGUGGCCCUAAAAUCAGAAGAGGAUGCUGGAAAAAUAGCCACAUAUAUGAUAGCAUUCACACUGGAUGGACAUGUGCUCAUGCCUGAGACAAAGAUAGGAGAUGUGAAGUAUGAGGGACUAGAGUUUAUUUAAGAAGAAUGUUUGCUGUGGUUUUGGAGAGGGACAGGUCCAAAGGAUUACCUUAUUGCACAUUAACUAAAGUAAUGUUUUAACUAAAUAAGACUGGAAUGGAAUGGAGACUAUAGGCCAGAAUGGAUAUUUUUAUGAAAAAUGUAUGCCUACUGCCACUGUUUAUCCUGUUCAUAACACAUUUUAGAUCAAACUCAGGGGAAGAGGUAUUAGUUCUACAAAUGCACAUAUUAGACAUAGAGCAAAGUGAAUGUCCUUAACUACUUGAACUUAACUGAAUGCUGUUUUUAUUUUGAGUCUUUUAUCAGUUCACUACAUUUCUGUGUUUUUAACUUCAGCCUGAAAACAAUGCAUUCAGGUUUUGCAAUUUAUUUGUAAUAACUCCAAACUAAAAACAUUUAAUUAGAAAAAAGAUCAAAUAUAUUUAUUUUUUAUUUUCAGUACUGAAAUUAUUAAACUUAAAAUUUAAACCAUUUUGUCCACUU